AUGAGGAAGUAUAAUUUACCAAAUGAAAGGAAAAAAGUUUGGCUUGAUGCACUGUUGAAAGAGAACUUUGGUAAUUGCAAGAACCAUCAAGAAAAGAACAAUGAGAAGAAUGUGUUUUGUGUAGAUUGUAGAAUGAGUUUGUGUAAACAUGGUAUAGAAUCUCAUUUUCUUCAUAAAAGGUUUCAAAUUUACCAAUAUAGUUAUCAAGAUGUUGUCAAAUAUUCUGACAUACUCAAGUAUUUUGAUUGCUCAAAUAUUCAGACAUAUAAAUCAAACAAAGACACGGUUGUGCAUCUCAAACCUCGACCAUCCAAAGAAAAGAAACUAGCAAUAGAACCUAAAGUUGCUAGUUUAAGCCAUGGACCUCAAGUCAAGGAAACAAAAACAUCAACACCUCAUAAUAAGUUUGGUGGAAUUUGUGAAGAAUGUGGCAAACAUUUGCAAGACAAGCGUAACCGAUUUUGUUCCCUUACAUGCAAGAUGUCAAUAAUUGAGAAGCUUGGAUUGUCCAUUUUAUUCUUUGAGGAGCUUGGAGAUCAAAAUGACCAUAACCAAAAUUCAGAGGCCGAGUCAUCUAUCUCUAUUGCAGAACCAUAUAGAUAUGUUGAAAAAGUGAAUUUCAGAAAGCAUCCAAGGAAAAAUACACCUAUGAGAUCUUUCUAUCUUUGA